UCCAUUGGGGUCUCUCUCUUGGAGUGUCAGUUUCUCUCUACUGUGUGUUUGAUUCCACCUGGCCCCUUACCCAUCUCUGGCCCGGUAGCUUUACUUUCAGGGACGGUGAAAAGGAGAAUCAGAGAUGGAAAAGAGAGGAGAUGUCAUGUUGGGGGUUGAGGAUGAAUCCGGGCAGCCGAUCUCGGCCCUGUCAAUUCUCUCUCUACUGGAACGCGUGUCUACGAUCAUCGAUGGCGUCCAGGCGAGCCAGCAGCGCAUGGAGGAGCGACAGCAGCAGCUCGAAACCUCUGUGAGCGCUGUCCAAUCUGAGCUUACUAAACUGGCUCGUGACCAUGGUACCACAGCAACAACCGUUGACAAACUGCUGCAGAAAGCCCGUCGCGUGAGCACGCACGUUAAAGAAGUCCGUUCACGUGUGGAGAAACAGAACGUGCGUGUGAAGAAGGUGGAAACUACACAGGAUGAGCUUCUCACACGCAAUAAGUUCAGGGUUGUUAUCUACCAGGGUGAAACUGAAGUUCCCUCUGUUGCUGUCACCAAGACUCCCAAGGGGGCAGGGCUUGCUAACUUGGAGGUGGAGCCAGAUGAGUAUGAGAUCCCUGCUGACCUAUCAUCUGAUGAUGAGUACAUGGUGGUAGAGGAUCCGGAGUCAUCCCGGGGCGCACGUCUGAAACAGAGCGGCUUAAAAGGCAUUGAGAACAUCAAAGCUGCGUUCUCCAAAGAGAACAUGAGCAAGACCCGCGAAAAGACGCGGGAAAACCUAAGCAAGACCAAGGAGAGCCUGAGCAAGACGGGCCAAACGCUUGGAACCAAAUUCAACACCUUGGGUGAGAAGAUCGUUCCCCCCGAGCAGCGAGAGAAGAUGCGUCAGAGCAGCGAGAGGCUGAAGGAAAACAUUGCUAAGAAAACACCCACUAAAGAAUCGUUCAAAAUCAAACUGAAGAAGGAACGCACUGUCGCUGAGGGCCAGGAAGGUGCAGAGGGGGAGCCAGCUGUGACUCCUCCCAAAGGCAGGAAGCCCAGCCCAGAUGUGACAUACACAGAGGUGGUUACCGAGAUCAAGAGGGAGGGUCCAGUAUCAGAAGAGGGGGCGACUCGUAUUCAAGAGGACUGAAAGAGGAAAUUCACCACAGAAAUUGUGGAGAAAUGGAUGGAACAAAACGUAUAAAAUGCAGAGGAAGUAAUUGGAAGUGGAAGAAAGAGGAGAAUUUUUCCUAAAAUGUGCUCCAAAAUGUGAGAGUGUAUGAGUAUGUGUGUUGGGUAGCCAAAUUAAUUAAUAGUGUUAGCACUAUUAAUGUUUGUGUCAUUUUCCAUAAGCCACAUGUAAAAUGUAUUAAAAAGUGAAAACAUA